AAGGAACGUCAUCAUGUUUACCCGGAAAUGAGAGCGUAGUUGAAUAACAGCGGUUGUAUUCUAUUUUUUAAGCUGAUUUCUGAUCGGUUACAGGUGAUGAAUCGGUUACAAAUGAGGAAUUGUUACUAUUAACUUGUUAAUCGAGAUGUACAGCGGACUUCUGCCCAAAGGUCUGACCGAAGAGGACCUCAGUUCAGAGGAGGAGCAGGAUAAGACGAAAGAGACACAGUCCACUCACACAGUCUGUGACACAGACAAAGAUCCACAAACAUGCAGCCAGCCUGGAGUAUCACAGGAAAUGUGGCAAGUAUGUUAACUUCUUGUAGCGUGAUCUAAGAUUUCAUAGAUUUCAGAGGUUUCAGUAGAUCUGGGGACAAAGUCUGUUUCAACAUUUAAAACAUUAAAAACAAGUGUUGUACUGCAUGUUUGAAUUCACUUGUUUGAUGUGUUCAAGAAAUUUCAAGAUCUAAAGAAGAAGAAUGAAGAAAUGAAGAGAAUGAAGCUCACCAGGAGACGACAAAGGAGGCGACCCAAGAAAGGUGUCAAUGAUCAGAAAAAGUUUUUCCUCUUAUUUCCCCCCAUGUGAUGUUUAGUGGUUGACCAAUAUCAGUUUUGGAGCAGCAGAUGUCAAUGCCAAUAAUAAGAGAGCAGAUGAUAUCAUAUCGCAUAAGUGAGACAACGAUGAUUAAUGAAGAUGGAUGGAUAUAUAUAUAUAUGAUAUAUCAUAAAUCAGACCGAACAAGGGUUAAUCAAGGUUAAUGAACAUGUCUGUUAUCAGUUUGUAACACACUUGAGGAAACUUAUUACAAUUCAAAGCAUAUGGACAUCUUUUAAGAUCUACAAAGACCUCUAUUCACAUUAAUUUAUUUGUAGUAGCAUUUAUUUUAUAACUUACAUUUGUUCUUGCUUUUUAAGAGUGCCCCUUAAAACACUCAUGAGAAUCUCAACCAUUUAAGGCUACUUAUUAAUUUUGAUUAGAUGUUAUAUAACAUAAAUCAUAUUAUGAAAAGUGAAGGUUUAUGCCUUGUAAAGAUUGAUAAAUAAAGCACAUAUAAUGUUAACUAAAAAUGCUCCCUUUCACCUAGCACGAAAUCACACUGGGGUAUUCUUUGUGGAAGAAAAAAAAAAUCACAGGUCAAAAAAAAAAAAAACAGAACUUAAACCUUCUUAACAAAUGCCUGAUGAUAUUUGUGUUCAUAUACCAAAUAUAAACCCUCAUUAAGUCUGAUAAAUGUUUGUAAACACUCAAUUGAGCAAGUUUCUAAUAAGAGGCCAACAGGGUUGUGUAGGUAAUGAUAGAUAUAUUAAUCAUGCUUUUAUAAACACUUUGAAGCAAUUAUUAACGUUUAUGGGCAUUUUAUAGGGUUUUAUUAGGAAGAUUUUAACCUUUAAUUAAUACAUUAUAUGGUAACAUUUAUAUAAAGAGUACCUUUUUUGUGACCCCCAUUUGUUUUGUAUUUUUUGUGUUUCCUACUCAUUUCAAAUAGAUGGUUAAGUAUUCAAAAUGUCCUCAGGAUCCAUUUUUCCCCCCUCUUAAUCAAUACUCAAUAAAAAUUCAGCAGUUUUAAAUUAUUGGCAAGUGAAUUUAUAUUGUUAUUUUGUUACAUGUGAAAUAAAAAAAAAAUAACAACAACAACAAAAAAAAAACCCAACAACAACCAUGAUGUCUGCAAUAUAUAUUGGCCUUCUACCAACCUGCUCUCCAGCUAUCAGAUAAGACAAUCAUGACACUGACCCUGUGAGCACAGGCACUAACAUUUACUGAUUAUUAGUAUUAAUUAGUUGAUUAACAUGCCGACCAGUCUUGGCAAUAUUGGUACUGUUGGCCACCCUAUCAGUACUCUACUUGUUAUCUGUUAGACCUGUUAUCUUGUAUUUUGUUUUGGUGUUUUUUCUUUUUGAUUUAAAAUAUCCUAACUGAGUCUCUUUUGUUGUUCAGCAGGAGCAGAAAGAGAAGAACCCACUGAGAAAAGGUACCAAAAGCAUAACAUCACACUAGAAAGAGAGAUUUAGAAAGCACUCGUGAGCUACUGACAGUGAGGCCUGUAGUAACGAAAUCUUUCUCUGUUUGGUGUCUUCAUUAAGAGAAUAGUAUAGUGGAUAGAGAAGAAGACCAGGAAAGAGAAAGGGGUAAAAGGCUGCAGGUUGGAGUGAACCUGGACUGUAGCACCCAAUAUAUUAUCUGUACAUGGGACGUGCAAUUGAACUGGUACUUAUACCAAAGUAGAUAUUAUAUUGGCCCAUUGUAAUGUAAAGAAAUGAUAGACUUGAUAGUCAUUUCUCAUUCCUUGCUGACAGAAAAGAACAAGCUUGAAUACAAUGGCAUUAAAGAAAAUACUAUGUCAUUGUAAGUAAGAAGGAUAUUUAAUUGAAGUUAGUAAGCCUUAUUGCAGGGCUGAUCUAGUUCUUGAGAAAAUUAACCCACAUUUUCUCUGUCAGCAGAAAGCUUCAGGAAGAGCAGGAGAAGCACUGGGAUGAGCUUACGCAGUAUUUUGGUGUAAAUGAUCGAUUUUAUCCACCCCCAUGCUCCAAACCCCCUCCUAAGGUAAAAAGACUUCCACCAUCCAACUUAUCGGCUGAGCUUUAAUACCUCGCCUGUCAUAGCUGCCACAGUAACACCUUUUUAUCCUUUGUGUUUCCACUCUGUGCUUCAUUGUUUUAUGUGAUCUGACAUUUGGAUUAGAAGAUCCUUCAGGUAAUAGGAGCUGACACCUAGAUGAAAAAUUAGGAUUAUGUUUGGCUUCAUAAAGUGAUAAGAUUAAAGUCAAAUGCAGGUUUCCUAGUGAGAGACUCCUUUUUACUGUCUACCUGAUCCAGCCUUUUUUAUUGCAGCUAAAACAAUUAAAAUAACUGUUGGGUAAUAACUUGGAAAGCACUCUACUUGUAAGAAAUUAUAACUUUCCUCCUUCUGAUAAUAUUCUGCAUUUAAAGAAGAAUGAAUUCUCUGCAAAGACUUGAAAAUUGCAAAUGAAGCAAAAUAUUUGCAAGCUUGAUGAUCUUUAUAGCUGACCCAGUGAGUUGUAAGUGUUCUCAUUUCAAUUUAAAAUUCCUUUAAAUGAUUAUUUAUGCUUCAUUUAUUCCAGACUAGCAUAAAAUUGAGUUUUUUCACUUUACUUUGAAUUGAUCAACUAUGAACGCAUUUACUGGUUGAAAGAAACAGAACUUAUCGUGUAAAUGUAAUGAGCAGCUUCUUCACCCUUUAAAUGAAGUUUCUUUGAAUAAAUAUGUCAUGUUUUGUAUUUCCUUCAAAUCUUAAACAUUUAUUUGGGAAGAAGAGCUGUCAUAGCACACAGAAGGAUGAAACUCAUUUUCUAACAGCAGAUUUGAAGGAUGACAGUCCGUCACUUUUGUUUGUAAGAUGCAGAAAGCAUUAAUUGAUACCAGAGGCCAGACUGCGCUACUUUUAUCUCCAGUUUUGUGGUAAAAUAAUAACCGGAGAAGAAAUAAUAAAAACAAAGACACUAAUAAAAACAGGCUGCAGUUAACCCAAGGUCCUUGAAGAAAACAUCUAUGUUUACCUCAUCUUUUCAGUAUGUAUAUUUUUUUUCUGUGAUGAAAAAUUGAGUGGCUGAAGAAAUCUGGUGCCCCUCAAAUAGGCUCAUCACAACAGAACUGCCUUGCCAUGAGCGACCGGGGGCUUCACUGCAUCCCCCUCUGCUUAGGCCUGUAAUGGAAAUGUGUAAUUAAAGGGGCAAAUUUAUGUUUGGUAAUCUCCUGUAGCAUUUCUAAGAUUUCCCCGCUAAUAUCCAAUCAAAUAGGUUUUCAUUUGUGAAGAAAAAUCUACAUAUUUGUAGUAAUGGCAAUCAUAUUAAAAAUAAAACCCUGAGGACUUUUGAAGUUAGUCUUUGAUUUUUUUUUCUCUCUACCCAUAUUCCAAAAAAAAAAAAAAAAAAACUGAAAUUCCCUCUCCUUUGCAGUCCGGCCUAGAAAAGAGCACAGAGAAGGCCAUAGCUGAAGGGGACAUAGCAAAGGCGGAGGAGAUGAGCGACAGACUCGCCACUCGAGAGGUACGUUGUGCUGAUAAGAGAUCUUUGGGGUUCCCUGCUGUGACAAAUCAGCCUAAUGGAUACGGGGCCAUUUCUGCUGCAAAGACAUAGAGGGAAUAAAAAACAUACUCAGACACCCGCCAUUUAGUCCUGCAGCUCUUUUCCAUUGAGUUAAUGGAAAGCCCUCCCCUUAGUUUUGAAGUGCUGCAGUGUCUAAAGGACUUUUGGCUCUGCUUUUUAAUGAAGGGUACAUUGCUUUCAAGCCAACUGUUAAAUCAUUCUCCAGGUAAGAGUUUCAUACCUUUGAAGUGAACAUAUCCCUAAAUGCAGUGCCUGAAGUUUUGUAACUAACCGCCUUGGCAGGCAUCAAGGAUCAAGUGGUUUGAAACUAAUUUAGCAUAAAAUGUAGCUCACACACGCAUAUAAUUGUAGUUAAAAAGACAUACGGCUUCACUGUUACUUUUCCACUGGGGGAUUUGCUGUACUUUGAGCAUCAAAGUUAAACUUCUUUGUUUCUCGAUGUUGCUCACAGCAUCUCAUAAAGCUUUUUUCAUAAUGAAAUAAUAGAAACACAAACACUUCUAAAACUGUGGGCUCAGAUUUCCAUUUCAUACCUGGAUUGCAGCACAGUUGCAGAAAAGGGGUAUUGGAUCGGUGAGUGUUUCACCAGCUUGCAAAGGCCAAGACUAUUUUGACUGAAAUAAUAUCAGCAAGUGUAUCUCAGCUUAAGACAUGGAAGCAUGCCUGAUAAUGAAGCAGUCCUAUGUUACAGAUACAGGAUACAAGUUUCAAUUAUAUAAAGGAAGCGUUUUGAUGAAUUGAUUAAUGCUUCAUUGUGGAGCAUAAGGAAAGAAAAUUAUCACCCCCCACCCUUGUGUUGUUUGAGUAAAUAUAAAGCUUGAGUGAGUAACCAGUUAGCCUAGCUUAACCCAAAGACAAAGGAAAUGGCAGCCCUGGUCAGUAGAGGGAACGCCAUCUGUCUUGAGGUGCAUACCUGGUGGUCUUAUAAUGGAUGUUUGAUCUGGUUUCUGCAAAAACUGAAGAGGUUAGAAUCAGGGAUGUGCUCAAAAAAUUGAUAUGGUAAUAUGAAUUGCUAUGUGCUCUGGCCAAUAUGUGCACCAGUGCACAUGUAAUAAGAUGGGUCUGGCCCAAAUAACUGUGUGGUGCAAAAUAAAGCCAGUUGACAGGAGCAGGAGCCAAAACUACAACAGAGUAUUAGGGCCACAUUAAGAAGAGAAAAAAAUCAAGACUUUGAGAUUACAGUCUUUAACUUAUGAGAAUAAAGUCAUUACUAACGAGAAUAAAGUCAUGAUAAAAUCCUCAUGAUACUUAUGAUAAUGUGGUGCUGAUGUGCAAAGAUAAAGUAACUUCUUGUUUGAGAAACCUAUAUUUAACUACAUUUUCACAAAAUGCUCAAUGGCUCUCAUUUCAACAACUGUCAUCUUAAACAACAGGUUAGAAUAUAAGGACUUUAUUUUUACAAGUAAUGAUUUUAUUACGGCUUUAUUCUCGUAAGUAAUUACUUUAUACGAUUAUUUAAAUCUCGAAAUUUAGACUUUAUUCACAUAAUUUCAAUUUUUUUUAUCUCGAAAUUUCAACGCUAACGUCAAAAUUUCGACUUAAAUCUGGAACUGGAAAUAAAAAAAUCUUCCUCCUGUAAUUAUUUUUUUCUCUACUUGUGGCCCUAAUCCUCUUUCGUACAAAAGACAUCAUACUACAUGCUUAACAAAUAAAAAUGAAAGAGCUGCUGCCGUCAAAACUGGAAGUGUCUAAAUGCAUUUUGAUUAAAUUUUGCCUUAAGAUGACAGAUUUUCAUCUACACAUGACCAAAACACCAAUCUGAUCACCUGCCAGCAACAACAGGUAGGUCUGCUACACAUAGCCAGAGCACACCAUCCCAACAAACACAGGACGAAAAAGUCCAUGUCUACAACCACCUCAACUUCUAAACAAUCACAGACGCACUCUUAUCACUUUGGUAGAAAGAGUGGAGCACUUACAGCGCCAUGACAAUAUUUGGUAACUAUUCAUUGAGAGGGUUAGUGUAGGAACAAACAUCAAUAUAGGCUUCUGCGCUGUCUAUUUAUGAUGCAAUUCUUCUCACAUUAAUGAUCUUUGCAGCUGAAUGUCGUUUAUCACAAAGCUUUAAUAGCAAGGCUCUUGUUUUAAGCAGGAGGACUCUUUACAGUUUUGAAUCAUUUAUGGCGAUGAUGCGUGUCUUAUCAUAAUUUGUAUCAUAUUAGGAGACUGUAGGAAGUACUCAGACUGUUUUUGGUGGACACCUGUAACUUCCUCCUGACUCAGGUUUUUAUGCAGACUUUUUGAUCUCGUGAAAGGUGAAGGUAUUUCUGACCAAAAGACCAGAUACAAUUAAACCAAGAGGGUUUCAUUUUUAACACUUGGUGACAGAAAGAAUAAAACAGUCCUGGAAGAAAAUCUGACCCUGUACUUACUGAGUUGGGUGAAAACAUCAAAACACACACUCUAAUGAGCAAAUAUAGCUUCAAACAAAAAUUUACAGACUUGUAAUGUUCAGUGAAUUGGGACUAUUUCUGUGGCUGCAGCAUCUUUGGUGUGUAAGAGACAUUAGCGAGAAGCAUUAGAGCCCUGUGGUGUUUCCAUCUUAACUGAGAGCAAUAUGAUCAAAUAUGGGGAAGUUUGAGGAAAGCUGGUGUGAGUGGCACCUGCGCUGCACUUUCAAAAAGCCUCUUAGAGCGCUUGUGGAUUGGUUUUUGUCUGAGCCGAGGUUCUUGCCUCCCUGGCACCUGCCUCCCAUCUUGCCAGAACCAUGAUGGGGAGUGACAGCAGUCUGGCAGACACAACUCAUUGUUUAGCAGUGAUAACUUAAUUUCACGAGAUUACAGUCAAGCGGCCAUUUUGAAAUCUUUCAAACCUAUGUGACAUACAGUUCUUUAUUGUUCACUUUUGUGUGAAGGAAAAGGCAGAGCUGAAGAAGAGAAUGAAUGUAUAGAGAAAGUGUCAGCUGUGAGACUGAAAGUUUGAUGGACUCUUAACAGUUAGAGUUUAAGGAUUCAUCUUACAGCAUGAAGCUCAUAUUCACAGCGCCGAUGCUCACUUCUCACAGGAGUGCUGUGACAAACAUUUAGAGGAUCAAUAAUCUUAAUGUGGCCAGAAUCAAUUUCAAGGUUAUAAUUGGGCUGCUGGGUGCAGAAUGGCUUAAAUGUUUAAUUUGUUUACGGUCAUAACACCAAGAUAAGACUGUGGCAGGCUUUUCACUGGGAGAAUAGCAACCAGUUUUUUCUGCAAAAAAUGCAAAAGCAUUCUGUCAGCUGUGAGGACUAAAGAGACCUGUUUGUCCCUCUGGGCAUUGUUUUGUGAAAGAAAUGCUGGUACAUGCUGGAUGAAGAAUGUUUCAGUGUAUUUUCAUCCUCAAUCUAACGCUUCCCUACUUAUCUCCUCAAAGCAAAGGGAAAUGUACAGCAGAUAGAGGGCUUGCUGUCAGAAUCCCCCUUUAAAAGACAAAAAUGUUUGUUCCUUCUGUUUUGAGCUCCCUCAAAUCAAUUAAUGAUUUCCAUUCGCUCUACUUUCUUCUUAUAAUCUGAACAAUAACAAAAAUUGUGAGUAAAUGUUUUUGAAGGCUCCUUACAAAUUCAUAGAUAUGUUUUCUUUCAUCUGUCAAACUUCUGAGACAUGCUGCUCGGAUACUGCAGGUUGAAUGUUUUUUUAUUACCGUUUUUAAACCUUUCCCAAGGCUGUGAGUCUUUGUUUUAGAUGAAUUCAUGAAGACAUACCCUGUUUUUAAAUCAAAGUAUUAACACCCAUGAAGAUAGCUCAAAGAAAUCAAAUCCCCCUUUUUUGAAACAAAAUAUUGUCUCCUUUUCUUGGACAAAGCUCUCUGAUCUUUUUAUUCAAACUGUGCAGAUAGGAUGUCUGUCUUUAUAAAUAUGUCUGCUGAUCCUUCUUAACAUGUUUGUCUUUCCUGUAACAAGCCAAAGAAGACACAAAGUAAUGUAAAAGCAUCUCGCCUCUCAAGUCCCUGUAGUGAAGUUAAUUGAAAAGUAAAAGUCCUCUGAUUAAUUGGACUUGGUCUCCAUCUUUGUGUAUAUCAUGUUAAUUAGUGCAAAGCUUCAUAUGGGCUUAUUUAGAGCGUAACACAUACAUGACUAGCAAAUGGAGCACAGCCUGUCAGGAAGCUUGAUUUGAGCUUGUCAUUGUCACCUGGUAAUGCAGCAAUAAUGCAAAUAAAUGAGUAGACAUAUUCAGGAGACUGAAGCUUACUUUACAAGAGAGUUGAUGACGUGUUGGUCCAGACAAGUUGUCACAAGGUGUUAUUUUCACAAACCUAAGCAUGAACAUGUUUCUGCAGGGCCACAUCUAGGAGUCCUACACCAAACUGAAAUAUUCUCCUGCUUACUCCUGAAUCACUAAAGUGAUGGUGGCCUUCAAGGUAGGGCUGCAUGAUUUUGGCCAAAAAUAAAAUCCCGAUUUUUUUUCCUCUGAUAGCUCGAUUUUCAAUUUUUACUUGGUGACGACUUCACCAAACUUAACUUUAAUAAAAAGUUUUUCUAUCAUCUCUCAAAACGAAACCACUGAAAACAAUGUAGUGCAUAUGCCAAGCCAGUAAGUGGCGCUGUAAGGCUGCCCAGGAAAUGCACAAAAGACAGAAGAAGAGUACAGAGCAUGCGUAUAAAGGUUGUUCUGGCCGGACAUGCACGGGCGCCAUAAAAGAGUUACGCUGUGUGUCACAUAAUCGUUUCCAGUGAUGCAGAUAGGCAUCCACACGGUGGUGAAAUGGUAGUCGUUUACAGAUUUUUGCACUCUCUGACCUAUUUUCAAAAAGUAACAUUUACAGUCAAAAACACUGUUUCCGCGUGGAUGAAAUGCAGAUACAACAAUUUGUAUCCAUGUAGACGGGUUGAUACUGCCUUCAGACAGACUUUGCAGCAGGGAGUGGUUUGCUCUCCGUCUGAAACUGCUAAGCCGUACCAAAUCCACACGACUGACUCGCUCGUGCCCUAUUUAGCCACAAAAUUAUUGCCUUCUUUUGCAAACGCCAUGUUUGUUUACACUGGUGUGUGUGGGAACUAGAGAGUGCUCCAGCAGGAAGGGGGGAGCCUACGGUGGCCUGGAGGCAUGAGACAUGAUAGAGAGGAAAAUCGAUUUGGCGAUUUUAAUUAUUUUAACAUUGUCAUAAUCAAAUAAUCUGUUUAUGAUUUAAAAUCGAUUAAUCGUGCAGCCCUACUUCAAGGACAAAAAGCUUCAGUGGUGCUGCAUGAGUAUCAUACCCCAUUUGUCAGUCAGUAUGUAUUCUUUUGCACAACAGCCCCUCUCCCCUUCUUCCUCUUUUCCUAAAUGGUGCAUCUCAAGUAGCUGCUGACUGAUACAUGAAUGCUUCUGUUACUGCUUUGCCCCUUUUGUUGUCAUGUUUAUAUACACAGUUAAGUCAAGGUAUUUCCAUGCAGGGGAAAAUCGAUCCCAAACCGAAUUAUCUGGAAGCAUUUGUCUGGCUAUUUAAAGGUGGGGUAGGGGCAGGAAUCUUUUAAAGAAGCGUCUUUUUUUGUGGUGUAUAUACAAAAAAGCUUUUAAUAUCAGUCAAUACCUAUUAGUUAUUGAUGACAUUUGGGAUUGUCAUAAUAUCGCUGUGUUCUCUUACGCCUCAACAUUUUAAAAUUUUUGAGCGGCCCGCUCUUUCUGACUGUAAACAAAGCCGUUCUCCACCUUCCCCAACCUGAUUGGUUGUGAGACGGACCCUGCUCCUUAGCGCUGCUUGGUUGUGAGGCAGACACUGUUCCCUCAUGUUGUGAGGCAUGAUCCACGUACUUGAAUAAUGUUCACGAGCCCAACAAAGUUAGCAUGCUACAAUAUGGGACAGUGGAAACCAAACAGAAAGUACGGAACAUUGUCUGAAUCCUCCUUUGGCCAUGAGUGCCAACACAAGCAAGAAAACAGAGUGUAUAUCGGAGAUUCUGGCGGAAUAACGGGCUCUUAAAAGGGAGGUAGUCCGGAUAAGAGCUAAAAUGCCAGGUCAACAUCAAUGAAGCUAGCAUAAACAAUGGGGGAGGCUUCGGGAUCUUACCGACCCUGUAACCUUUCUGCUGGACAGGUAAACCACAUUAACAAAGUAAGCCAAGUGUCUGUAACAGAAGUGUUUCUUGUCAAACGGGACCUGCUGCGUGUUGUAGCACAGCUAAAAGGUUUACCUUGGGUCCUGGAGUAUGUCACUCUACCCUAGUUGUAGAAGUCCUGCAAACAUUGUGUUUGCUGGUAGUCUGUUGGCAUCUACAGUAGCAUCAAUGCUUUUUGGUUUCACGUUGACUGGGCCCCAUUUGUAAUGUCAAAUGCCAAAGUCUGAUCGACAUACCUUACAAAUGCACGGUAUGUGUCAUUGCAGCUAGCAGAACUGGAUUUAGAGGCAUAGCUCUUUUUCUUUGGCUUGUUUCAGCUGUUUUGGACACCAAGUUUGGCAGACUGUGCCGUGCUGCAGAGAGAAGUGGUGCAUGCAUGUCACUGGUUGUGAGGUCAGAUGACACAUAUCCCACAAAGAGGUUGAGGAUCACCCAUUAGAAUGGUGUUAACCUGAAACAGAGAGAUAAUAAGUAGAAUAUACAAGUUUGAGAAUGAGUUAAAUGAGGGAGACUGAAAUCCUGAGUGGUGGCAGAUCUGAUCACUGUAGCUGCAAACGCUUACACGGUUAAAUAAUAUCAGAAUUGUUCACAUAGAAAUACUUAACUGUAAGGUGCCUUUUGAAAUCUUUGUUUGUAGACCUUAUAUUAUCGCUGCUCCUACUCACGUCACUUAAAGGUUGUCAUACUUUUUGGUUCUUACUUUCAAUACCACACGCUUUAAACAAACACGUCUUCAGUCAUUUUUCAACCCUCAGCUAUCACAAGUAAAAGACAAAGAGCAACUGUGGUCAAUCAAAUUGAAGACAGAGGAAGAGAAAGUCUAUGACAUACUGUAGGUAACUGAAGUGGAAGCACUUACGUUUCUGACUGUUACAGCGGUAACAUGAAAUACUAAAGAAUUAUUCUGCAGAUCCAACAAAUCAGUCAGUCUCUAAUAUAGUGUCCUAAAAAAACCUCAAGAAUUAGGGUUUUAUCAUAAUUCAGAACAAUGUCUCUCGCUGAGACUCACACCUGGCACCUCCUGCUUAUCUCCCUGCUCUCCUCUCUCCUUCUCCUGCUCCUUUCCCUGCUGUCCUCUUUCUCCUGCUCAUUUCCCUCCUCUCCCUGCUCUCCCCUCUCUUCCUUCUGCUCCUUCUACUCCUCUCCUCUCUCUCCCUCCUGCUCCUUCUAUUCAUCUCCUCUCUCUUCCUCCUGCUCCUCUCCCUGCUCUCUUCUCUCCUCUCUCUCCUUUCUGCUCCUUCCUCUCAUCUCCUCUCUCUUCCUCCUGCUUCUCUCCCUGCUCUCCUUUAUUCUAAUGCUCUUCUCUCUGCUCUUCUCACUUCUCUCUCCUCCCCCUGCUCCUCUACCUGCUCUCCUCUCUCUUCAUCCUGCUCCUUCUCCUCCUACUAUCCUCUCUCUUCCUCUUGCUCCUUCUUUCCUCUCCUCUUUCUUUGUCCUGCUCCUCUCCCUGCUCUCCUCUCUCUUCAUCCUGCUCCUCUACCUGCUCUCCCCUCUCUUCAUACUGCUCUUUCCUCUCAUCUCCACUCUCUUCCCUCUGCUCCUCUCCCUGCUCUCCUCUCUCUUCCUUCUGCUCCUCUCCCUGCUCUCCUCUCUCUUCCUUCUGCUCCUUCUCCUCCUCUCCUCUCUCUUUGUCCCGCUCCUCUCCCUGCUCUCUUCUCUUCUCUCUCUCAUCCUGCAUCUCUUCCUGUUCUCCUCUCUUUUCUCUUCGUCCUGCUCCUCUCCCCGCCCUCCUCUCUCUUCAUCCUGCUCCUCUUCCUGUUCUCCUCUCUUCUCUCUUCGUCCUGCUCCUCUCCUUACCCUCCUCUCUCUUCAUCCUGCUCCUCUUCCUGUUCUCCAAUCUUCUCUUUCCUCCUGCUCCUUUUCCUGCCCUCCUCUAGCUCCCUCCUGCUCCUCUCCCAUUUCUCCUUUCUGUACUUGUUGAUGCCUCGUUUUAUCACAGUUGCACAGCGUGUUUAAGUUACAGCAGUCCACCAUCGAUCUUACCCAUAGCUUUUAACUUCCUUGUGUUGUUACAAACUUUGUAUCAUGUUAAUCUGAGCUGCUUAUGCUUAUGUAAGGAAAAAGUGAGAGCUGUUUGGGGGGGGGGGGGCACACUGUGUUGUGAAGGGAUGGCUGUGCUUUACUUAACAUAUAGAGGGGGCCCCCUAGCAAGUGACACAAUAAUUGUCCAGUCUUUGUGUCAUAUUUUUUGGAUUGUGGGGGCUGGAAUUGCAAUAAAAAUCCACUGUUUACGAGGGGUGGGAAUCAUUAGUGGCCCCACAAUACAAUAUUAUCACGCUACUUGUGCAAAAAUACAAUAUUAUUGCGCUUUUAAACAUUUUGCAAUACAGUGAGUAUUGUGAUACAAUAUAUUGCGAUUUAUACAAUUCUUUCAGCUGUUUAGAUGAUUUAGCAUUUGCCUACCCUCUAUGUUUGUCUUAUUUACACUGUAUUUUAUCUUUAUGUUGCACAUCUUUCAAACUUUGUGUGUCAGGUCCAUCUCAUUUGUGGUCUGCUUGCAUUCCUAAUGUCUUUCCUCAGGUGCUGCUGUACUUGUUGUACUAACUUUCUCCUGCUCUAUGAUGUCACCUCUGCCAACCUCAUAGAUGAUUUUAUUUUUCCAUUUUCAUAGAUUUGACUAAAUAUAAAAAAUUAAUUAGAAAGAAUGAUCCUCAGUUAAUGACACGAUGCGAUAUAUCACCAGACAAAAUAUCACAAUACUACAGUUAAAGGACUACAUUGUUUGUGGCUAGCCUGAUUGAAGAACACUGAUGGUUAUACUUGUAGUCCAGGGUGAGCGGAAACAGUGCAGGGAAUGUGGUCCACAAUAAUUUCACCUUUGUUCUUUCUUCCUGUGAAAGCAUUUAAAAUGCAAGGUGGAAACAUAUUGCACUGGUUAUUUUUGCAUGUACUUAUGUCACAGCAUUGUUCAAAUUCUUCCUCAUCCUUGAAAACUCCUCAUGGUUAAAGGCUCUGAACAAUCUCAGUGUCUGUGGGAAACAGUGUUUUCUCUGUCAGAGAGGGUCAAACACAGGAGCAUGCUUUUAUUCUUGUUUUUCUUUUUAACCCAUUUUAACAGAAACAGCAAUGGUUGAACUUCAUCAGGUUGCUCAUGCUAAUGCUGGUCUCUCUCUGUGCAUAUACUGUGACAGAUUGUUCAUUAUUGACUUUAAAUCCCUUUGGCUUAAUCAAAUUUGUGUCAUUUGAGGCCUGUGGCUUCCUGCGCUCUGUAGAUUUAGGAAACUGUUUAAACCGUGCUCCCUACUUAUAGUUGGAUCACUUGGACUUAUGAUAAUUAACCACAAGAAUAUGCAUUGAGUGGAGCGGUGUAUGGUUUCCACGGCGUUUGAACCUGAGGAUGUUAAUAGAAUCCUUCGAUAUAAGCCAGCGCAUAUUUCAAUGGUGGCAGUCGCUGAAAGGAAAAAACUCUUCUGUCCUUGAAAGGUACCCUUUAGAAAACCUUGCUUAAAUAGUGUGAAACAAAGGUGGCAAAGCAUUUUUGUAGUAAGAGACAUGGUGGCUUAGUGGAAACAAAGAGCUGAACUAAGAGUGUUUCAUGAUAUUCAUGUAAUUGAACACCUUUUUCUUCUCCUCACCUUCUCCCUGCCUAACCCUGUGUUUGUAAUCAAAGAACUAAUGAGCGCUGCCUUUGUGGGAAGUGUGCAUUAUCUGAUUCUGAAUUUCCCCGCCCCACCUAAGAGUAGGAGGCUGACUUAGUCUCCCCUCCAAGAACCCCCAGGCCACCUUUGAGAGUUGAAGGAAACUCUCCUCUUUGUUCAUUUUUCUUUCAGCAUAAGUCAUUUAUCACUGAAUGAACUUUUAUUGUAUCUUUGGAUGACUCACAUUAGAUUUUCACCCAUUAAUUUUGAAAUGGAUUUCAAAAUGGGUACUAAGCUGUUAUCAAAUGCCUGAGAAUCUCAUUUGGAUUAUUGUAUUUCAUUAAUUACUUCAUAGACAAAGCAUACUUUUCAAUGUAGAUUUGUGUGCUGUUUAAUUAAUUAGCAUGUUUUCUCUCUUAAUUAAAGCCCAUAUUUUAAAUUAAAGCCCACAGCAAAACACAUAUAUAAUUUGUUUGUAAUUAGGCCUUAAUUGAUGGUAGUGGAAGCUUAGCACCCUUGGUUUCCUUUUUUUUAUGAUUGCCAUUUUAUUGCUAGUCACUCAUUAAUUAAACUGUUUUUUCUAAUUAGCUUAUGAAACUGUUGAUGGCUUAUUAUUGUAAGUGUGAGUUCAAAGCUUACUAAUAAGCCUACCGUACUCACAGGAGGCUUGAUAAUAGGAUGUGCUCAGAGCAGGAAAACUUUAACUGUUUUUUCUUUUUGUCUGCUCUUCAAAGAUGCCAUGUGCAUUUAUCAUCAGAUUUCGAGAAGAAAAAAUCGAUAGGUUUGGGGAUUUUCCGGGGCCUGUCUGGAGUGGCUGUCUUUUUGCUGGACAUGUAAGACUGGUAGUCAAUGGAGAGACAGGAUUAAGUAGACUGUCUACCCCAUGAGAGGCUGAUCAGUUUUUAAAAGAAACAUGUGCAGGGCCUUCACUUUCAGUUUCAUUUGCCCUUUAAAAGAAACAAAUCACUGAGCUUGUGAUUUUUGGAUAGGUGCAGAUUUUGCAGUGUAUAAUUGAAGUUAUUCAAAUUUAUAUAAGUUGCCGUUAAACUGAGCAAAUUUGCCACUACGGAUAUGGAAUACGGAUAUGGUAUAUGGAAUCCAUUAUUAGAUUUAUUAAUGUUGCAAGUACCUACUUAAUGUAUUUAACAGCAUUGACAUUGUUGUACAUGUUUUAUUAAUUACUGGCUAACUAAACAAGAUGUGCUGGUAUAGGAGAGCAACGAAGACAGAGAGAGAUCAGCUGUUGUACAAAUGAAUUUGUGUUAAUAAAGUUUUAAACUUGCAAUGAUCAUGGAUCCCUGGAACAUGAAUCAGAGUGUAGGGAUGGGCGAUAUGGGCUAAAAAAUUUACCACAAUGAGAUUUGCCAUUCAGGCGAUAACGAUAGAAGUCCCGAUAAUAAAUAUUAUAAUUCCAAUUUAUACUUUUGACUCAUUUUGUCUUGAGAACACCAGUUGGAGUUGUCAAAUAAGAUACUUAACCACAAGUUUAAGAGGUGGGUUAUGGAGAAAACUAAUGACUUCAAACAAGUCUCAAAUGUGAAAACAUUUUGUCAGUAUUUGUUGAAAACUCUUGUUGUACAGAGUGAACAGCAGCAGAAGAUCCACUGUCCGAUGUGAGGCAGACCUGACUGCACUCAUCUAAGCUCCAAUCUUGAAGGAAAUCCCUCAUGUGGAGCCUCGUUCAGUAACAAGCUGAAACAUCUUCUUUGUUAUCUUCUGCCAUGUUUGUUUGUUAUUCUGCUGUGUGUGGGCUAUGGCUGCGAGUCCAUUGCUCGCGCUUACGCCAACUUAUAAUGAGGUUAUAAUGAGGUGAAAAUUAUUUAUCAUGGAGGAUUUUUCUGACCAUAUAUCGUGAACAAUAAUUUGUCGCCCAUCCCUAUCAGAGUGAAUCAGAGUCUUAUGUCCAAAAAAUGAAAACAUGAGAUCAGGACAGGUGACAUCAGCUUUCAUAGAUGAAAAUCCUAAUGAUGAAUUAAUGUUUGGAGAGUGACACUGAAGCUGUAAGUUUUCUUCUGGAUGGUAAGAGAAGGUUUAUUCCCUCCAGAGGUUAAUGAGUGUACAGACACAUAAAGCUGAAUAAUCUCAGCUGGAGCUGCUGCUGUCAGAGAUCCUGCUGAUGUUUCCUCAUAAUGAUUCGAGUCAACUAUGAGGAGAUGACGUCCAGACAAUAUUCAUCAUUUAUUUCUUUACUCUGACACAGAAACACCACUCACUGUCCUUGAACUGACUACAACACUUAGAGCUGACCAACCAUCAGCCUCAUGGUGAAGCUGUUUCAAAGGAGGAAACCACACGUCUCAGUUUUGUGCUCAGUCUGUUCAGAGUCCUGAUCUUUAUAGCAAUGUGGAGACAAAAAAACAUGAGACACUUGAAUCAGAGAGCUGACUGUUUACCGUGAACCAAAACUACCACUUUAUCAAGACUUUAUUCUCACAACAUGAAGACUUUAUUCUCAGAAUAUUAUAACUUUACAACCACUUUAUUUAUUUUUUGUAAUAGUAUCUCUUUCUAAACUUGAUGAUGACUUUAUUCCUGGAAUUUUUUGACUUAAAAGGUUUAACUGGUUGGUUUUCAUCAGCGGUGCUAGAUCUCUGAACUUCUCCAGUUGUUCCCUCUGUCUCUUCCUUGUGUUAGUUUUUAGGCUGAAGAAGCAGCUUACUUUCUGAACAGCGACAUCUGCAGACAUGAAGACUGUUUUGAUUAUAAUGACAUUAGCAAUAUUAGGAAAGUGAUCUUCAUAGUGUUGGAGUUUGGGUUAGAAGGUUAAACUCCUGACCAAAGAAAACACAAAUAGAUGGCCUAGCAUAGGUUACAUAAAAUACAUACGUGAUGAUAGACUAAUCUAGAGCUUUGAUUUUUGGAUUCAAGUUUCAUUGUUGGUGUUGCGUUGAAUCUUUGAGUGUAAAUCUGAGAUGUGAGUCUGACUCCCAGGAUGAUUCUCUGCAUUUGACAUGAUAGGGCUGCUUUUGACUGACCUCAUGAUCUGUAACUAUUCAGAGUUACAACAUGAAGCGUUUUCCACCAGAAAGACAUUCAUUCUAACCCCUCUGAUUCACUUCUAAAAAAUUAUACUGAAAUAACAUACAAGCUGCCUGAUCUGAUAUUCACUCCUUUCUUCUACAGCCCUCUUUUCCAAAGUUGACUAAGGCCACAUUAUUUAGGCAUUAAGGUAGUGUGAUAAGGGAAUUAGGCCGGUCAUUAAUCGUUUACACGUCAAAUGCAGCAGAGCAGCUCGGGGAGGUGACUUAGUGAGGCAAAGCCAUAUAGCCCUUGUUAAUCCACCUCUCACACAUUUUAAUUGGAAGAGGCUUCCUGGAUGGGAAAUUUAUGAAUGGCUUUAAGGCCAUUUCUUCCUUAAAGCCAUCAUUUAUUUCUUAUUGUUAACAGGAACUUUAACACUUUAUCCACACACAGAUGUCAUUUUCUCCUCUUACGUUCAGCUUUUGUCUCUCUGCUCAUCUCUUCUUUUGUCUCUCUCUCUCUCUCUCUUUUUUUUAAUAUAAACCUCAUGCUGCACAUAAAGACGGUUUAUCAAACACUGAUUAAAGGAGGUUUAUCAACAAAAGAAGAGACAUCAGAAUGACCAGCAGUCACACUCCACGCUGUGGAGACGGACCACGUUUCUCUUAUGUAUGGCUUAUACAGCAGUAAUGUGUCCUUAUUUUGGACCCCAUAUUUUAGUCUCUACUUGAAUCUCCAUGGCGACCCAAACAUGAAUGAACAGAAAACAGGUCUGUUGACUUAACCCUCCUAGUGGCCUUAAGCUGCUUCCACUGCAGUGCCAGCAUUGUGGGCAUUUUUUUUUUGCCCUCAAAUCUCGCAAAGGUCAGAGUAUUAAUCCUCUGAAUAAACCAUGUUUUUAGCCGGGCUAUGCCCAGGCCACACAGGGGAGAGAGGAGGCGUAAGGCACAGAAACACAGUUGUGAUAGACACUAAAUUGUGUUUUAAAAUGUGUUGAAGUGGAGGGGAUUGGCUUUUAGUCGCCACAUAAACACAGACUGCUGGAGGUUCCCUGUCUCCUGCUUUUAUUCCAGCUUUGUACUUAUUUUUAACCAGCCUCUGAUGUGAAAGGAUUUUGCACUAAGAUGCACGCAAGGGGAGGGGGAAAGAAUCCUGAAAAGUGGAUCAGAAAAGUAAAUGAAAAAUAAUGUCAUAUUACUGAAAAUAUGAGAGGCUAAUUUGUGCCGACUUUUUGCUAAUUUUGUUCUCGCCACAGAAAGAGGAGCCGUCACCUGCUCAGCGCCACAGUGCUGACAGUGCCAGUGAUCCAUGAAAUAAGCUGCCGCUGGCUUUGUUCAGAUAAGAAUGAACAAAUCUGCACAAUGUACUGCUCUCGGAAUCUCAUUUUCAUACUUGCAUGCAGGCUAAAAGAAAUAAGCUGUUUGCAGGCUUGAUUAAUCAGACAUUUGAGGUUUUUUGUCUCUUUGAUCUGCUCUGUCUCCUAGGUAACUUGGUUGACAUUAAUGUUGAGCCUCACUAUAGACAAUCAGGGAUUGGGGACUAAACUGAUAAAAAAAAAAAGGGGAGAAAAUUAAGACCUUUAAUGCUAUGAAACGCUAUGUUGUGAAUUUUGUAGUGGGGGAAAAGCAGGGUUUUUAAUGUUGCUCUUAGAGUGUUUGGAAAGGUGUGUUUUCAUGACCAAGGGGAGCAGCUAAAUCAAAGAUACUCUGAUGUCAUGAUUUGCUCCAAAGAUGGGACAGAGAGUUGUCUGUAUUUGCAAACACAGAGCAGAGGCUCAGAUGUUGUCUACAGUAUAAUAAACCUCUGGUUUAUUGCAGUCUUUUAGAAGCAUUAGCACCACCACAAUGACAAGUAGGAAAAACCCAGAUGGGAUUUUAUCUGCUUGCAAAUCUUCAGCAGAUGUAAGCGCAAUCACCUGUUAUAACUCUCUGUAAGAGGAGAAAACAUGAUUGGAGGAAUUUAAACCCAUAAAACGGCAAAGAAGUGGAGGACUGUCAUAGUAUGUGUGCUUCAGGCUGUGAAGACGCUUUCACAAAUCUUCCAGUGACUGUAUAGAUGAAUGCCUUGAGGGCCCAGCCAGAGCCCAGUACUUGCAGCCAGCCGAAGCCCUUAUCUUAAAUCCAAGCAAAGUACCAUUAAUCUUUUUGAAAGACCUUUAUGGCUUUUAAUGUAUCCCAAAUUAGAACAUUUUACACCCUUGGUUCCUGAAAUAUGGUGAUAAAAAGCCUUUAGAGUUUAAUUUUUCCUGCCUGCUCGCUCUGACCUGCUUAAUCCUCACAUGCAUUAGGAGAUAUUUUAGUUUCAGUCUUUCUAAUAAAGUUUAUCCCACUUAAUUAUAAUUGAAACAUUUUUUUUUCUUCCAGCAGGUCUUUUUUUUCAAGUGCUGCAGUGGUGGCACAUUUCUUCAUUACCUUAAUACUUUCAUUCCCCCCUGAUUGUACUGUGAAUAUUACAGAGAAUUACCCAAAGGUUUGGUGAAAUUGUUCGAAGUUGUUUAUCAAACUUUGCCUUUGCCUGAAUAAUAAACCUAUCUCAGGAGUGACAGAGAAGGCAGGAUUUUUCUCUUUGUUUCCGGUGCUUCUGCGUGACUGGGGUUAUUGGGAUUAUUCUGCUUCACAAUACAAACGACUUCCCUGGGAUUUGAAUGUUUGCUUCUUGCACUCACAGUCAUUCUCUUUAGGUCUGAUUUGAGGGACUGCUUGCAGACAGGCUACUGAAAAAAUGUCUCCUUUACACUGUUUAAAAAACGCCAGGGCAACAUUUUUAGAAGACAAGGAGCAGUUGUUGGAGAAAAUGCAAAAUACUAAAUUGUUGUUUCAUUAUGGUGUCUUUUAACUUGUGUAUUUAGUGACAAAAAAGUAAAAUAAAGAAGAAUGUGCAUGAGAGACUAUAACCCUGUAACUUCAAAUGUAAUGCGCUUAAACUGUUUGUAAUAACAACAAUGACAGAUGUUUAAGGGGGACAUUUUUGGCGAAAGCUGUAGAAAAUGACUGAUUCAGACCAGCGUUUAUUAGUUAGUCCUUUAUCUGCUUUUAUGACUUUAUUCUUAUUCAAAACGAUUACUGACCAACAUUUAUAAUCAAUCUAUUUGGCUAAAUGUCCAAAAAAUCAUAUUGAGUUCAUAAAGACACCAUCAGCCAUCGCCCCAUCAUUAAAAAAAACAUAUAAAAGCAGUUAUAUGGAAACAAAGAUUCAACUGACUGAAAAAAAAAAACAAGUCAAAUGAAUUUCUGAAACAUGUCAGGAUGAUACGUUCCUAGCAUUUAUUUUAUAUUGGACUCUUCUGUUUUGAAUUGUGAUUUGUUGUAGUUGCAUCAUGUUUUUGUCAUUUUUGUUGCUGUAUGAGGUGAUGAGGCUGUUGUGGAGGAGACUCUAGGACAUUAGUCUGGGCUGGUUUAGCAGAGAGGACCCCUACACUCCUGUUCCAUCAGUCAAAAACCUUUUUUUCUUCUCCUUCUUGUCAGAAAGAUUCAUGCUCUCCAAUGGUCCUCUCCUCUGUCUGUCUGUCUGUCUGUCUGUCUGUCUGUCUGUCUGUCUGUCUGUCUGUCUGUCUCUAAAUAGCUGGCUGUGAAGAUCGCACAAGCUGCUGAUUGCCGCGACUUUGUACAAUGCAAACAAGAAGAGGAAGCUGUGAGAGCCGCACAGAAAAGGAGGAAGGAAAUCGCCUGGGGGUACGGACGCUCUUUCUGUCCACAUGUUUACGUUUCAACAUAUCUAACUUUAGUGACGCUGUGGUUUUAAAUACAGCUAAAACAGAGCUGCUAAGACCUGUGAGCUGGACUUGGGUUUCAUAUACAGUCUCCACCUGUCACACUUUCUCGAUGGUCACAACCCCAGUAACUGAUAACCGCAUGACUGUCUGCUUAUGUCAAAAACAAUCAGGUUUUUCUUCUACUAAGAGUGUCAGGACGUAUAUGUUAAUGUACAUAAACUUUUUUAAUUUGGACUGUGAUUUACUAACUUCGUUUAGGGGAAUAACCUCAACAGUCAUCCUUCAUUGUCUUAAAAAAUGUAAAAGCAGAGCAAGCAGAAAUAGCCAACAUAAACAUGACACUGACUACGUCAAGUAUCCAGUCUUAUUCAAAGAUUAUUUCAGCUAACAGAGCCCGUGAAACUGUCUGCUGUUUUUAUUAAAUCAGUGGUGAUGGCUGAAUUUUGAAGGUGCUCAUUCAGAGACUGCACUUGUGUUAAUGUGAUAAGUUAUCUUUCAGGUCAUUUGAUGUUUUUUUAAUUUUAUGUUUUUCUGUGUUGCAGGUUUGAGGCGAAGAAACGUUGGGAAACCAAAAGUAACAUGGGCUACAUGUGAACCAGCGUGAAAAAGAGUGGUGGGGGGUUAGUUAAUUUGCUGAAAGCAGUGUUGUUGUUGUUGUUUUUUGUUUGUUUUUUUUAAUGCAGGACUGAUCCUCUUUCUCUUUAUUCUUUGUGUAUUUUGAAAGACUUCCCAACAGUUCAGUGUGAGGGUGAAAAAGUCAGACAGCUGGCUGUGGCAAAACUAAUUCAGAGAGUGCAGAGAGAAAAAAGACAAAAUUACAGAGCAUUCAAAUUAAUUCCUAAGGCGCCCAUUGGUGUCUGCAUUGUGUUAUUUUUCAUUACAUUGGAGCGUUCUGGCCUUUUUUCCCCCUCAAAUUAAAUCUGGUGUACAUUACUUGAUGAUUCGUUUAUUUAUUGCUGUAAAGUGGGUUAAUCGUGAAAGUCCUUCUUUCUUCUUCCAAGGAAGUGAAAGGAAAGAUUAGGGUCCUAAUGCAAUGUACAGGAUAAUGUGGGAUAGGAUUUGGAAGUAUAAAAUGAAAUUUGGCUGCUGUAAACAGCUGUGAGCAGUUGUAAACUGGAAGUUGAGUGAAUGUUGUUGGGGGUGGGGGAUGAAACAGAGGCUUUGCUGUUGGCCCUCACCCAUAGUGUGAGACAUCCUAUUGUAUUCCAGCCUAAACAAGAGGCAUGCGCUGUUUCUCCAGGCCUGCAAUUGCUUCUCUUUGUGAGAUGAGCUCUCUUUAGUGUGGGUAAACUCGUGUUAAACUGUCGAUUCCUCCUGCUGCUGUAGCUUUGAUCUGUUUGGAUCUGCAGCACACAGCACUUCCUCACAUGCUCAGUAGCUAAUGUGUUAAUUGCAAACAGCAUGUUGAAAACACACACACACACACACUGAUGACUUUUAUCGCUUAAACAUUUUUAUCGCCAUACAAAACGAUUGCUUUACUUCGAGGUAAUGAGAAUAAAAAUGAAUCCAUCAAAGUUGUUUGCAUUGCACAUGUUGGGGUGCCUUCUCUUUGAUAAGAAGUGGUAUUCACAUGUAGGCUUUGCUGUGUAGGCUGAAUCUGUAUGAAGCAGAGAUGAUGAAAUUAUAGAAACACUGAAGUUUCUAAGUCAUGGAAAACACCUCAGCUGAAGAAAGUAGAUACAACAUUAGUGUAAAAGCAGCUAAUUUUAGAAAAAAAAUCCAUCUUUUAAAUCAUCAGCAUCCAAGCCAACACAUGCCUGAGUCUGGGAUAGUUUCAGCUGGUGAGAACUGGCACUAAUUAAAAUAUUAAUUCCCUCAGUAAUGAGACACAAGUUGAAAAAUGUGUUAAGCACAUCAAAGUACAACAUGGGAUUUCUUUACUUUGAUGACUGCUUUGAAAAAGAUCUAUUUUGGCUGAGGAGUGAGGAAGCAUCAGAGAUGCUAUUAGCUGGACAAGAAAGACAGAUUUCAGCGCCUCUGAAGACCUCUACAGUUAAAGCUUUUCAUUUCACAGACACUUGGAUUCACAGACCAGCUGCUGUCUGCAGGUGUGCCUUUGGAUCAUUCAGAAUUAGUGGUACACCGAUUACAGUUAGUCAAUGGCUGAUGCCGAUAUAUAAUGACAAUAUCUCCAUAUUCCAUCCUGUUUGUUUUUUUUAUUCUUUUAUUUAUCUAUUUAUUUAUUGUAUGAAAAGAAGUGCUGAGCUUAAAUGAACAUUUUAAAGCGUAAAUCGGAAUAUCAACACAAGAGACUUUUGAAUUUCUUACUGCCAGUUUAAAUUCUGUACAAAGAAAAAAAAUACAAAUCUGGUUAUUGUAGUUUAAAAAGAAAAAAGAAAGCACAUAAAAAUUGUAUUACACAUGGUUAUUUCAGCCGGUUACAUGGCGUAGGGGAAUUUAUACAUGAGCUGGUGAAAAGAGACUGAUACAUGAAGAUUUCAGAGCAUGGCUGAUAUUUCUGUCAGAGGCCAAAUUAAACAGAAUUUACACUAAACACCUGA